AUGGCUUCGCCAACAAUAUCAACAGCAUGGCUGACUCUUAUGACGACAACUUGGUUCACGCCUAGCAUUUCAACUUUCCCUGCCGCCAACUUCACGUGCCCUGAAUUGUUCUUUGGCGAGAAACAGCAUGAUACUGACAUUGGCGAGGGCUCUGAAAGAUUCCACAUUGACAGUCCCACACGUCAAGUUAGCGAUUUCAUCGCCACCGUCUUCAGUGUUGAGACUAGCGUAAGUUUCGAGUGUAGCUAUCGGGUUGCCGCUGAGACUGGAGCUAUCUCCUUGGAAGGCACCUCACGAGCCUCGACGGCGUCGCCUACACACACUACCAACACAGCCGCUCACCCUACCGCUACUUACAAACUCACCCACACGAAGACAAACGGAGGCGCGAUCGCGGGUGCGGCUAUCGGUGCGGCGCUACUGGGUCUCAUGGUUGGAGCUCUUAUCGGUUACUUUUGCCUGAGUGCGAAGUGCCGAAAGUGUCAGGACACUGUUGAUCCUCACAAUGAAGGUACAGCAAUGACCACCUUCCUUCCCCCGGCCUCGCUGCCAAAGGAGAGAUUAUCAUCCAAAAGCAGUGUCCGAAACGAGGCGUUGCUUUCGUCUACCGGCACUACUGGCGGAGGUAGUAGCAUCAACAACGUCCUGUCUGGCAUCGGCAUUUACGAAGGCGCCAGUGACGAGGAAAUCAAAUCGGAACUGUCUGCCCUCGGCUAUCUCCUCCAGGAACACGUACAGAACAACUACCACCUUGACCCACUGGAUGGCAGCAGAAACGAGGUUUUCAAACUUAACCAGGCUUUGGCAGAUCCAGCCUUUGGUCUGGACAAUCGCACGCACGCCCUGAUCCUGAAGCUCUCCCAGGACCCACAGACUCGAUUCCCAGCCAUUCGUCACUUCCUGGCGCUUACCAUCUUUCCCGCCUUGGACUUGCACCAUGUCCGCACUCAUCCGGGCAGUGUCUCGCUUUUGCCGCGGCAGGUCACCUCCGGGCUCCUUCCUCGAAUCCAUUCCUUCACCGCAACAGCCCUAAACCUCUGGCGCCGUCUCUCCGCUUACCUCCUCCUCCCCCUCCUCCUCGACAAACCCUCCAACCCCAUAUCCCCUUCCUCUCCCAUCACUACUACCAGUAACAUCCCCCCCGACGAGCACGAUUACGACCCCAACCGCCGCUUUAACUCCUCAACAACCACCACCGCUGCCGCCCAAGUAACCAGCCUCCGCGCCUCUUUGAACAAGUUCCUGGGCAUCUUUGUCCACUCGGACCGCCGAGCCAUCUUUGAUCAGGAGAGGAACCUGGAGGGCGUCAUGCAGGAGUGCGUAAGUUUUGGGUACAUGUUGUUUGCGCAUGGGUGUGAGUGGCGGUUUGUGUUUGAUGCCCCUGGGGAACGAGGGGGAGAAGAAGAAGAAGAAGAAGAAGUGGGGGGUAUGCAGAAGGGAACGACGAGGCUCUUGGCGUUGCCGGGCUUGGAGAAGUUGGGAGAUGGAAAGGAGGAGGUGUAUAAGGUGCCAAAGGUUGUGGUUGAGGGGGAGAUUGUGGCUGUUGAAGUUCCGUGA